GAGAGAACAAUCUGACGUUCAUCUUGCUAUCACUUUUCAUGAAAGCAAAGCUAACGUUUGUAUUAUUCCAAGAUUUUUUAUAGAAAAAAUAUUUUAGAAAGCUUUGACGGCUUUGCAAACGAUAGAAAGAGCUUGGAAAAGGAAGUUAGUUGAAUUCUUGAGAUUUGGCAGCUUUUCAAGGAUUACGCUUUUCAAGGGACAUAGAACCCACAGAAUAAACAAACUGGAAAUAAGCCUCUCUUUCGUUAUUUGACAUUGACAGUUUGUUGGGAAGACGGCAUUUGCAAACGAGAUUAUAAUAAAUUAACAUGAGUAGCCACGUUUCACUUGGAUUACAGCAUCCGCGUGUCUUAAAGACUCAGUUAGGCAAAAUACCAAAGGUAGAUUGGUCAUCUGAUGGAAAAUAUAUAUUGUCUGCUUCAGAGGAUGAUGCUUUGCUUGUUUGGGAUGCACACACGUAUAAUAAACUAGCCUUAUUCCAAGUGCCUUCUCUAUGGAUUAUGACAUGUGCGUUUUCACCUUCCGCAGAAACCAUAGCAGCUGGAGGCUUAAACAAUAACUGUAAAGUAAUCUCCACAGAAAGACCGGAUGCUGAGCCUGUUGAACUUAUGGGACACACUGGCUUUAUCUCUUCAUGCAAAUAUAUUGACGAAAACCGUCUAUUAACUUCUUCUGGUGAUAAAACCUGCAUAGCUUGGGAUAUACGAAGACAGACCCCUAUAACGAAAUUUGAAGGACAUUCAGGCGAUGUCAUGGCAUUGGACUUUUUGCCUGAAAAUCCAAAUUUAUUUAUUUCGGGUGGUUGCGAUAAAACCUCCAAAGUAUGGGACCUACGAACGAGCUCCUGUUGUUUGACUAUUUCGGAUAACAAGUCUGAUAUUAACUCUAUUUCUUUUUUCCCAUCUAAAACUGCGUUCGCUACUGGUGUUGAGGAUGGGAGUACCAAGUGCUUUGAUAUUCGUGCAAAGGCAGCCAUCUUUGAAUACCCCUCGCAACUAUCAAAUCCUGUAACUUCCGUUCGCUUUUCUAAUUCUGGUAAAUUUUUGUUUGCGGCUACCGGUAAUGUAUGUGAGGUUUGGGAUUCUGCUGCUGCUACAUCAGUUGCUUCUCUCUCAGGUCAUGAAAAUCGCGUAAGCAGUAUUACCCUCAGUCCUGGCGGCACAGCUUUAGCAACUGGUUCUUGGGACUCAACAAUCCGACUCUGGUUUACUUAAUCUGCUUUUAUGGAAUAUUUUUGUAAGCAUAACGAUUUCACGGAACUGGCUUGAAUCACAUGUUUGCAUAAUGACUUAGAAUGUCUGCGCAAAGUUCCUAAUGUCUGCUAUGCAAUAUAUAAUUGUUUAAUAAUUAAGGAUAUACUAAUUUGUAAAAUACUAUCUUGAUUGUUUAUUUAUGGUUUUUUCAUCGCGCCCGA